AUGCUUUCGCAUCUCCUGUUUUUCUUCACUCUCCCCUUCUUAUAUCGUGCAGCCACCCCCGAUCCACAAACCCUUUGGAAAGGGCCUGCGCUCGAUGCUAAAGAUCCCCUGUACGCCGGGUUGAAACAGAUUGAAGGAGUCAAGCAUAUGUUGGUUCAUAACGGCUCCCAAGUCGGGCGGACCUAUAGUCACCAUGCCAUCGUGGAAAACGUUAACGGUCGUCUCUGGGCUGCGUGGUCCAGUGCCACCAACGACGAAGAUUCCAUGGGCCAACAAGUGUGGGUAGGUACCGCUGACCGUAACGGGUCAAGCUGGAAAUGGAACAAACCUGCGAUACCAGGGCCUAGUGCUCUCCUACCAAACCAGACGUCUGUCGGGGAACAGAACUACACGUAUUGGUGUAAUCAAGGGAUAAUUCAACGUGCCCUGCAACCGAGCGCCUUGGUCGAAUACAACGGGGAUAUUUACUCCAUCAUCGAGCCUGUGGACAGAGUUUGUCCUGGAGGUCCAGGGUCGAACAGCGGAGCUGUAGAUGGGGCAGGUCGUCUUGCCGCUCGAUUUAAUAUCUCAACGGGACAGCUUACCGCAAAGGCUUGCUGGCUUUCCAAGAACUCAUUCACGACCGCUUCUCAGUACAAACAAACACCUCUAGGCGAUAGCCUCUGUUCCACAGAUAUCCUGAACGGCCUCAAUCCUCUUUUAGACCGCCCAGAUAUUCUUCCGUUCACGGAUGCCCGAAUGAUAAAUAGCCCAAAGUUUGUCGGAAGCGACGGUUCGUCGUCUAUGACCGAGGUCACUCAUGCAGUCUGGAACGAACAGGGGCAGUAUUGGGCCAGGUUCUGGCGCGAUUCAACGGGUUCAAAGACAACCUUCGUCCACUGGGUUGAAUUCAGCUCCGAAGAAACAGGGAACGACUGGUUCCCUGCGAAAUUCAACUCCAACGGCGCCAACCCGGGAAUGGUUCCAACUAAUAUCCCAGACUCGAACACGAAAUCCUUCUACGGCCGCCUUCCCGAUGGACGAACAUACCUCGUCACUAACUUGAUGUAUCACCCCGACACAAAAGAACGUCAGCCUCUAUGUAUUACUCUUGCGAGCGAUGGUGUUCACUUUGAUUGGGCGGGGGUUUUGAGGACGAACGCGUCUAGGGUGAUAAUUCCGGAUUCAAGGAAAAUCAAACGCGUCGGAUUCUCAUAUCCACACGCCACUGUGGUGGAUGAUAUGCUCUACGUUGGCUACAGCGAGGAUAAAGAGAACAUAUGGGUGACCGAAGUACCCAUCGCUUCAUUGGGGAAUUGA